CCAGUGUCAGCGAAACUUAAGUCUGCUGAGAAAACGCUGCUCUGCCAAAUUGGAGCUGAAUGUCUGUUAAUUUCGGGAAACUGUACAAAAUCAUCAAUGGUGAGCUCAAAUAAGGUGCCCCCGGAUGGAGGAUACGGAUGGGUGAUCGUUGCUGGUUGUGCAGUGAUAAACAUAUUCAACCAGUCACUCAUAUCCGUGUUUGGUUUGAUGUUUGGAGACUAUUUGAGCGAUUUGGGUGAAAAUGCUUUCGGUGCUGCUCUCGUUAUGAACAUAUGCAAUAUAUCCUUGAACUUUUCAGGAUUAAUCACCGGUCCAAUCAUAAAGAAAUUUAACGCGAGGAAGGCAUCUAUUUUGGGCAGCUUGUUAACUGGCGGUGCUCUGACAGCAUGCUCGUAUGCAACCGAGAUGUGGCAAAUCAUACUUUCCUACAGUUUAGUGUUUGGAUUUGGAUUAGGUCUUAUUCAGUCAUCGACAUUCGUGGCAUUGAAUUCAUAUUUCAAAAACAAUAAGGGAAAAGCUGUCGGGUUUGCACUGGCAGGAACUGGAAUCGGGCAAAUCUUGAUGCCAUUGCUAGUUCAGUACUUGCUGGAUAUUUUCAGUUUCCGUGGCACUACGCUCAUCAUUGGUGGACUAGCUUUCAAUGGGGUUGUCGGAGCUGCCCUUUUGCAGCCAGUAGAAUGGCACAAGAGACACGUGUUGGACGAAGAGUCAAACAAUGAGAGGCUUCCUCUGAUAGCAGCAACAAGUACUACUACGAAUCCUAGCAAAUCUGACAGUGGAUGGUCAAAAUUGGCAGCAUUGAUGGAUGUAGCGAUUCUUAAGAAAGUCUCAUUUCUUAACCUGAUUAUUGGAUUGGGACUUGCAUAUACAGCAUCAACCAGCUUCUCUCUAUUUUUCCCAUAUUUUCUACAGAAAACAGCGAACCUUGACAUGUUUCAAACGGCCAACUGCAUGUCAAUGCUUUCGACAACCGAUUUGCUCACGCGUGUCACUGUGCCAGCGUUCGUCGAUAGGAUGAAAUUCUCGCAUCGAAACACGUUUCUGAUGGCUGGACUAUGCCUGGUCAUCGCACGGUCCGUGAUGGCCGAGAUGAGAAGCAUCGUACCGCUGAUGAUUACAUCGGCUUUUUACGGGAUUUUCCGGUCCAUAACGAUAGUGAAUCAAAACUUGACGAUUGCCGAGUACUGUGGGGAGAAAGGGCUGGAAUCUAUGCUGCCAAACGCUCUUGGGUUUAACAUGAUAACCAAGGGAGUGUUGGUUUUGAGCUUGGGUCAGCUGCUUGGUUGGUUCGUUGACUACACUGGAAGUUAUUCUCUGAAUCUACAUGCACAAAACUUGCUGUUGGUAUCGACUUGUGUUUUGUGGCUAUGUGAAAUGUACUUUAAAUAUCGGGAUUAAAUUUGGUUGAUUUCCACUAAGAAUAA